AUGAAAUUCGUUUAUUUGGCAUGUUUUUUUGAUGAUGGCCUCGACAACAGAAGGUUUUGCGGCCCCUGCUGGGUGGAAUUGGAGGAUAGGCAAUCUUGGGGUGCCAAUGUCACAGUAACAUGGACAAACUUAGCCCAGACCGAAACUGGUACUUUUCUGCUACUUUUCUGCUACUUUUUUACCCCAUCAGACAUGGAGCGUGAAUUCACGCCUCUGCACGUGGUCGUAUGGUUGCGCACCGAUAGAAGCGGAAGACAUUCUUUUGCUUUUAUCUCUAGCGCCUAUCGACUAUCUCUAACAAGGCUCUAG